AUGGAGUUCAAAGUCACCGAGUUGCCGGACACUAACAUCCCGGCAUCGUCACUUACACGAGAUGAUAUUGCAAAGGAAAUCCCAGGUCUUUUGUCUCUUUACGAUGAGUUUCCGCAAAUCAUCUACACUGCGUCAGACCCCUUAUUUGAGACAAUAAGCCCUUCAUUUAACAGAGCCACCACCACCAGACCCCUAGCUGUGGUUCGCGCCCUGGAAGAAUCUCAUGUUCAAGCCACCAUCAAAGCAGUUCAGGCCGCAGGCUUGCAAUUCGCCAUCCGCUCAGGAGGAGCAGAGCUGGAGGGACGAAAUUUUCGCGGAAUCGGAAGCGGAGUUAUGAUUGAUACACGCAGCUUGUGUUCCAUCAAGGUAGCGGAAGACAAGAGGUCUGCAGUUAUUGGCGGCGGUACCAUUGCAGGUGAUCUUGCUCUUGCCCUUAACAGAGAGGGCGCCUUUACACCUGUAGGAUGGCAUCCGAGACUUGGAUAUGCCGGAUGGUCAAUGGCGGGCGGAUACGGCAUGUACGCCUCUUCUUACGGCCUUGGAGUUGAUCACAUUCUCGGUGCACGGAUUGUUCUUGCCGACGGAUCUGUAGCUGUAGCAGAUGAGAACAACAACCAAGAUCUGCUUUGGGCUCUUCGAGGUGCUGGAAAUGGCAUCUGGGGCGUUGUGACGCAAUUUACCAUCAAGACCUAUCCAGCACCAAAGCUUUUGAUUGGCAGUGUCAAGUUUGCAAAGAAGGAUUGGCCAGCUGUGUUGGCCGAAUGGGCUAAGAAUAUUGAGCCAAACCUUCCAGAGGAGCUUGCAGGCGACAUCUACUUCCGAAACAAUGUCUUGGAAACACCAGAAAUGAACAUUUUGUUUGCAUGGUGCGCCAAGGAAGGCGACGACCUGAAAAAUGGAUGGGAACACUUUGAAAAGAUCAAGAGUCUGCCUGGAGCAGAUGUGGUCCGCAUUGGAGAAUCGGACUUUGCGACCUUUCUCAUGACUGAGUUGACUAUCCAGCCUGGAGCCUUUGAGUGUCGUGGAGUCAUAACAAAAGGCCUCACCGAGCGCGUGGCUUCAGUCUUGAUGGACCAAUGGAACGAAGACCCGAUGUUGUUCAUGGGCAUCCCCAGCCAUUUUGUCCAUGGAAAGGCUGCGCAACCAAACCCCGGCUCGUGUUUCAAUCUACGCUAUCGCCACAGACUCUUCCCAACUUACGCCCAUCACGUGGUGUUGACAAGGACAAAGGAGGGAGACGAUAUUGAGAUUGGCGCAAUUACGAAGACAGUGGACGCGAUCAAGGCAACGGGAGAUGCGUAUGUGGGCGCUUCGUAUGGAAAUCUGAUUAACAGCUCGAAUACGGACUGGGAAGUCACUUAUGGCAAAGAGAAUUUAAAAAAGCUGAAGGAACUGAAGAAGAAGUACGAUCCGAAGAAUUUCUUUUCUAGGGGAUAUCCGGUUUUAGUGUAA